UCUGUUUUCUAAAUACCCCCAGUCUGUUUUAAGUAGUAUGCAUUGAUGUGUGGGAACGGAGGUUCAGAGCAAAGGGUAAAAUCUUCCUACAGAAUCAUUUCCAGAUAUUUGAACUCAAUUUGCUUCUUCAAUUUCUGGUUCUAUACACUGAAAUUCUGUCUCUACUCACCCCUCACAGCCCCUGUCACUUUACUAUAGUCAAUCCCACAGAAGAUUUGGGCAUAUUUUUGUCCACAUAUAUCUGAGUAGCUAUAAGACUUGUUAGAAUUUAUUUAUAUAGUCCUUGAUUAAUAGGAAGGUGUUAGAACCUCUAAUCUGGGUAUCUGUCCAUGAAUCUGAUGUUUUCUAGUUUUGCCAACAUAUUUCCUCUCUUUUUGCUGAAUGCUCUUUCCCUCAUGGGACAUGAUUCUUCUCUAGAUAGAAGAUAUUUCUUUGCUGCAAAGGAGAUCUUUCUGGAUUGGAGGCUGACACACGUGAUGAGGUUCUCAUAGGAAUCUGUAGUUAGCUGUUCUCUUGGAAGUGGAUCAAGAAAGAACAAAGCUGUUCAUUUGGAUCUAAGGUUCAUCUCCACUGGUGGCUGUACUGGCUUUGGAUAAGCUGAAGAUCAUCAACUUCAGCAGCUCUGCGCUCACAAACCAUCAUCCUCUUCUUGCCUGAGUGUGCCCCUUACCUCUGUAUCAUUGACAGAGUUUAUGUUUAGAAAAGGGACUGUGUGACUGCUGAAUUGUCAAGUAACUAUAACCCUUGCUACUACAUUUAUCCUUGACUUAAAGAGUGUUAAGACACAUAGCUGAGGCCAACACUGCACAGGGCUUCAACCAUGCCUGGGAGUAAGAAAAAGAUGAAAGCCCAAGCCAAAAAUGAAAGAAAGGCUGGUGCACAGGCUAAAACUCGAGCAGAGAAGGAAGCUGCUUGUGUGGGAAUACCAGUAGCUAAAAGUCGGGCCAAAGGAAAAGCCAAGGCAGGCUCUAAAACAUUGGCUGAGUUGAAGGCAAUAUCUAAGAGCAGGGCUGCUGCUGAGAUGAAGGAAGGAGCUCUGUCAGAGCCCAAGGCUGCAGCCAAAGCAGUGGUAGAUUGUCCAACCAAAGGAGGGGCCAGUGAUUAUAGUCCCAAGGCUAAAUAUGAUAAUAUCCGCUCUACAGAUAAAAAUGAGACUGGUACUGAUACCUGGCUUUGGGCUGGGGAGGAGGAUGGAAUCAGCACUUUGUUCUGGAAUGGAGAAGAGGCAGGCAAUCGUUCCAAAGCUAAGAGUGAAAAGAAAGCUAAUAUUGGUGCUCGGGUCUAUGCUAAAGAGUCAGAGUCAAUGCCUGGGCCCAGCUGCAAGCUUGGAUCAAGGACUGAGGAUGAAGAAGAAGAAACUGUUAUUGGGAACUGGUUUUGGGAAGGAGAUGAUAACAGUUUUGAACUUGAUCCUAAACCUGUGUGCCGGAUAAUUAAACCCCAGCCUGUGGAUGAAAUUAAUGAAAAAAACAGGCCCAAGGACUGGUCUGAGGUCACUAUCUGGCCUAAAGCCCCUGCUGUAACUCCAGCAGUGUUAGGAUUUAGAUCCAAGGCUCCAUCUGAAACAAAGGGUUCUUCAUAUGUUGUUCUGGCCUCAGCUGAGGAAAAUACCCAUUCUUUGCCUGCUGCAACAGCCAGCUCUUCUAGAAGUGCUCGAUUCAACUCACAAAGUGUCCCUGAGUACCCAUUUGGUUCUGAACCUUGCAUUCAGACCAUAGAUGAGAUAAGACGUCAAAUCAAGAUCAGAGAGGUAAAUGGCAUUAAGCCAUUUGCUUGCCAUUGCAAAAUGGAAUGCUAUAUGAAUUCUGAAGAAUUUGAAAAGCUUGUUAGCAUACUGAAGUCAACUACUGAUCCUCUCAUUCAUAAAAUAGCGCAGAUUGCAAUGGGAAUCCAUAAGGUUCAUCCUUUUGCCCAAGAAUUCAUUAAUGAGGUGGGUGUAGUGACUCUUAUUGAAAGUUUGCUCAGUUUUCCUUCCUCUGACAUGAGAAAAAACACUGUAAUUACUCUGAAUCCUCCUUCUGGGGAUGAAAGACAGCACAAGGUUGAAGUACAUGUUAAGCAUAUGUGUAAGGAAACUGUAGCUUUUCCCUUGAAUUCACCUGGGCAGCAGUCUGGCUUAAAGAUACUGGGGCAACUGACUACUGAGCCUGUGCAUCACUAUAUUGUUGCCAAUUACUUUUCAGAGCUUUUCAAUUUACUUUCCCAGGGAAAUCGUAAAACCAGAAAUCUUGUUCUGAAACUACUUUUGAAUAUGUCUGAAAAUCCAUCUGCAGCCAGAGACAUGAUCAAUGUGCAGGCAUUGACAGCAUUAAAACUCAUCUUUAACCAGAAUGAGGCAAAAGCCAAUCUUGUUACUGCUGUGGCCAUAUUUAUUAACAUAAAGGAGCAUAUCAGGAAGGGCUCAAUUGUAGUUGUUGAUCACUUAAGUUAUAAUACACUUACAGAUAUUUUCCGUGAAGUUAAAGGAAUUAUUGAAGCAAUGUAAACUCAGAAAGAAAUACAGAGAGCACUUUGAACCCCAGUUUCCCAAGUGUCACACUGUACGUUCCUAAAGGACCUUGUAUAGUGUUUUGGUCAUUACGGUGUGAACAUUAUACAUUACAUCUUUAACAUGAUGCUCCCCGUGGCUGGUUCUAGGUUUGAACUAUCAAAUGAAUAUUAUAUCUUGAGCUGAAGAUGUUUGUUGAGCUUUGUCUUGUCCUAAUUGGCAAAUUGUUAACAUUUUACCUAAGAUAGUGAAUCAGUUCACAUGUGUAAGCUACCUUGUUCAUUUGUGUCUACAUAGGUCCAUUUGUGAUUUCAACUAUCAAAAAAGAAAUUAUCUUUGACUUUGUUCUCUACUUAGAGGAGCAAGGCAUAUACACAUAGACAAGUAACUAACAGUACCUAGAGUGUGCAUCCAUUUUCUAGUUGGUGCAUGUGUCCUCUUGAUACAUAAAGGAGGCAGAGGUUGUUAUAGACCACUUAAAAGAGGAACAGUUUUCCCCCAUUUUAGCUGCAUCAGAUAUUUAUUUUACAACACAGGAAUUACCCUGAAACUCAAAAAAGAAUGUUUAUUUUUUUUUUCACUGCCAAAACUUUACUUAAAUAGUUAUUCAUAGUAAAGUCUUGCUGUAGAAGAUGACUUUUCAGAACUUUUCAGGAGAUGGAUUUAGGGAGAAAAUAUUUCUCUAGUAUGCACUUUGCCAGACACUGUGUUGUACUAUACUAAUUUAUCCCCUAUUGCAGUGAUUCUGUGAGCUAAGGUGUCAUAUUUUUAUCAAAACUCAUUUUGAAGAAUACCUUCCAGUGAGGAAUGGAGAGGAUAGUUUUUCCUUGAGUCCCACAGCACACAGUUGCUUUCUUAGCCAUCAGAACCCAUCUCACUUCAGUAGCUUUUAGUAUUCUCUUAGGUAUUCACCUUCAAAAGAUCAGACUUGGUUUUGGUUUUAGUGGUUUAAUUUUGUGUUGAAUAAUGUCCCUGCUAAGUUUUGCCAUUAACUGCCUCCAAGGAUUAUCUCUUAGGCGUUUAUAUCUGGCUGGAGGUCAGGAGAUAAGUCUUGACAUGAAUGUGUGGAUUUUACCUGGCAGAGUCUGGGAAAUGGUAGGUGUAGGAAACUUGGCAGAACUAAUGAGAUGUCAUUUUGCAGGCAUCAGCAAGUGAAACUUACAAUAUAUCCCCCCUACCUUUUUCUGCCCGUAUUUACUUUAUCUUUCAAAGAGUUGGAAUCAUUCUAUACAUUAUUUUUUAUCCUACAUUUUAAAAGGUAAUUGGCUUCUUCCUCCAUAAAAAUUACACCUUCAUUUCCUUUUACCAUGUGUAAUUUACUCUCUUGUGUGUCAUAAGGCCAAAAGCCUCUGUAUUUUACAAUUAGGCAACUCAAUUUCUGCACUUGUAACAUCUAAAAUUAUGUAGAAUGACCUUAAGACAUCUGAACCCAGAAUGGUAGCUUCAAGAACUGAAUAUAAACCUAGGAGAGAGGGUGCUGUCUUACCCUAUAAUACUAUGAUUCCUGAAAGCAUCAAAGUCCGGAAAGUAUUCCCGGGACCUUUGGGUUAUGGCUGAGUUUUCUAAGAUUCCUGUCUAAGCUGAAAAUAGUCUGUGAAAAUGUCAAGUUACAUGCUUUGAGAUUUUUGGACAGCUAAGAAACUAAAGCAAAAUCAUUUGUAAAUACUGUUUGAAUUUUAUAUCACCCCUCAACUGUAUUUUGUGAACAUCCUUCCAUGGCAGUAAAUACACUUCUGCAACAUAUAUUUUAAUCAAUACUUUUUGUAAUGUUAACAAUUGGUGUAUAGUGUUGUAAUUUUUCAUUCAUAUUUUCUUGAUAUUUAAUAUGUACAAAUUUAUUCUUUUACAAAAAUGAGUAUAGGAUUCUGCAACUUGCCUUUUCCUUGUAACAGUUAUCUUUCUGAUUUAGUAUUAUGUAAAUCUACAGUGUGCUUUUUUAUUAGCUUUAUUGGUAUUUAUUGUCAUACAUCUAUUAAUAUUUAUUGACAUGUUAGGCUGCAUAAAGUGUACAAUUUGAUAAGUUUUGACAUAUAUGUAUUCAUUAAAUUAUGAACAGUCUAAAUAGUGAACAUAUCAAUCGAGAGGCAUCUGAAUGCCUCUUUGUAGUCUUUCUCUUCUACCCUUCUUUGGUCCCUUACUCCCAGACAACGAGUGAAAUUCUUUCUAACAACAUAUGGAAAAUAUGCAGUCAUUGUUAUUUUUGUAAGUUAUCUAAGUAAAGUUAUAUUGCAUGUGCUCUUUGGGACAAGGAUCUCACAUAGUUUAUUCAUAAUUAUGUGAUAUUCAGAUUUUGUGUCUCAAAAUUCCAUUGCAACUUGUUGACAAGUUAUAUUCUGUGUAGUUUUUCUGUAGUUUAUAUAUCCCUUCAUUUGUUGAUGAACAUUUGAGUUGUUCAGUUUUGUGCUGUUACAAAUAAAGAUACUGUGAGCA